CAACCGAGUCGCAACAUGUUCGCCCUCGUAACACCGUCGCCGCCGCCGCCGAUUAUACUCGUGCAGCAGCAGCAACGCAGUGAGGAAGCGCCGCCACGGCAAGUGCGAGGGAUGCGACGCCGCAACAGGGACACGGCGUUCCCCGCUGAAGAGUUCGUGGACGCCGUGCAGCAACACCGCUUCCUCUUCGACCGCAACGAGCCGGAAUUCAAGAACGUCGCCAUGAAGGAGGCCAUGUGGGAAGCCAUCGGUCAGCAGUUUGGAAUAUCAGGCAACAAGGCGAUGAGCAAGUGGCGCAACAUGCGUGACAAGUACUUCAAGGUGCGCAAGCAGGAGCUGCUGAACCGGCGCCUGUGCACACCGCGCUUUCGGAAGCCAGUCAAGGUGUGGCCCUUCUACCACGUGAUGCGCCAAGUGUUCGAGAGCAAGAAUGCCGCGGCGCUGGAAGGCUCGCAACAGGAAGCAGCCGGAGGCCACGGAGAUGUGGUGGCCGAGCUGGCAUUUGACCCCGCCUGGCUCACGAACAGUAACGCCGAGGCUCACGACCCCGAGUUGGCUUCCAUCACGACCUUGCACAUGGAUAAUGGGACGGCGGUGUCAGUCAAGCAGGAGCCACCGGACGAAACGGAUGCAUCGGAACACGAAGCCAGCCUGGUGGCCUCCGGCGGCGAGGAGGACGGGCCAGCAGUGGAGGACACCGAUCGCGAAGACCUGGAGACGCUGGCGUCGUUGCAGCGCAGCAUCACCAUGGCGAGGGCACUCUUUCACAAGCGGCGCAAGGAUUUCAAGAAUGCCGUGGAGUCGUUUGAGCCACGUUCGGCUUCUGUUGAAGCCUCCAAUCGCCUGGGCGGAGACUGUGACACCCUCCGGUGCGAUGCGCGCACGCAAACGCUAACACCACCGCCUGUUGAAGACGGCCUCGAACACUUUGGUCUCUUUGUGGCUCAGAGGCUGCGCAUGAAGGACCCGACGACGCAAGCACGUCUCAUGUCAUCCAUCUUAAAGCUAGUUGUCGAAGCGCCAAGUGGGCUUUCAGAAUGACUGUG